UUGCCUGUUUUGUCUUCCCAGGCGGCGGCGGCAGCAGCUACACCAGUGCGUGUAGGGAGCAGGCAGGGCUCCAGCCAGUUCCCUGAUUUGCUAGACCAUCUCCUGGGCUCAAGCUGCUCCACAGGCACCAUGCAGAGCACCGUGCUUUUUGCAGCCAUCCUGGCUCUCAGCCUGGCUUGGAGUUUCGGGGCUGUCUGUGAGGAGCCACAGGAGCAGGUGGCACCCAGGAGGGGCCACAGCAAGAUGGACCAGGAGCUGUACCAGCUGCCUCCAUCGUUGCUCCGGAGGCUCUAUGACAGCCACUCAGUCUCUCUGGAUGGACUGCUCAAAACGCUGAGCAAGGCUAGCAUGGAUCCUAAGGAAUUGUCACUUCUCCAGAAACGUGACAUGCAUGACUUCUUUGUGGGACUUAUGGGCAAGAGGAAUACCCAGCCAGACACUCCUACUGAUGUGAACCAAGAGACCAUCCCCAGCUUGGGUGCCCUUAAGUACCCACCCAGUGUGGACUGAGUAGGUGGUCAGUGGGAGUUGUCCAGGACAGAAGAUGUGACUUCAUUUUUUUGGUCCUCAGCACUCCAGUCCUGGACUCCAGGGCUGCCUCAUGAAGACUCCCAGUCCCCAGGUGCAUGCGCUUCUAUGUCCCUGUCCUUUCCCAUCCUUUAAUACUCUUGUGGUUUCACUCUUUCCCCAUCCCUCUACCCCAUCCUGAUGUAGAAACUGCAUAGCAAGCAUCCCCAAUCCCAGCUGGCAUUGACUAUAGGUUCCCCUGGAGUUUCUGUAGAGUCCUACAUUAAAAAUAUGAUGUCUCUCUACUCUUCAACAAU